AUCACAAGUUCACAACGCACACACAUUAAGUGUGUAAGUAAGUGACAGAUUGAACAAUGGGAGGGCGCGGCAAGAAGCGUGGUGCUGCGAAGGAGGCCGGCCGUGAGGGCAACGGGGAGAAGCCGGCGUCCGACGGGGGCAGCGCGCUGCCGACGGCCAACGUCGUGCCCCCGACGAGGCGGGUGCCGCCGUCGAACGUCAAGAUCGCCGAGUCCGCGAAGCAGCUCACCCACGACUGCGCGGCCGAGUUCGUUUUCAGCCGCAGGGCGCGCCCUCCUGCGCGGCCGGCGAUGACGGCGGCCGUGUCGCCUGGCGCGCCAGUGUUCACCGACGAGGAGCUGGAGUUCCUCCAGUCGGUAAUUCCUCCGCCGCCGGGCGGAUAUUAGCGGUGCGGCGGGCAAGCUGGUCGGCCACAGGCGCAGGCGCUGCCACCUGCGGGGCAUGGCUAUAAAUGUUGUGUUGUUUUGCUUGAAGAAAAAUCCCGGUGUAUCCAACAAGACAAUAAUAUAUACACCGUCCGUUCCAAAUUACUUAUCUUAAAUUUAUUUAGAUACAGACACUAAAACUUGUCUACAUAUAUCUGUAUUUAAACAAAUGUAAGACAACUAAUUUGGAACGAAAGGAGGGAGUACU